AUGGAGCUAACCCCUUUACAACUGCACUACCUCAAACGGGAACUGAUAACCGAGGAGAUUGACAGAGAGUUUGAACUCUUGAAAAAGAAGACUCAAUUGACCUCUUUAUUACAAUCAGCAACAAGCAAUGAUACAGAUAACGAUAACAACAUUCCUUUCCUUCAAUAUUUAAACAGGCAUUUCAUUACGGAGUUUCCCUUCCUGAAAAGAAUUGAUGAUAAUGCAUUUUACAGCAAGCUUCAAACCCUUCUUGACGAAUACCGUAAAGUGACUUUGGAUACGUUUGUUCCUAAGUACUUGAAGAAUUCCCAAAAGCGCGUGUUGCUAUUCAAGAUAAAAAAGUUGAUGAUUAUUUCUUUGGCUGCCAGUAUGAAGACUCUUCAGGGCAAGGAGGAGAGCAUCAGCGUCUCUUUGACUGGCGCUACGGAAAGUCGAUUACCUGCUAGUGAAGAAGAGGAUUUGGUUUCUAGAUUGGAUUUAACCCAUUUAGAAAGUGAAGAGAAUUAUUUAGAAUGGAUUGGCUUGAACGGACUUAAACUGAAUAUUAUCACCGUUAGAGACGUUAGUGAGGUGAGAACAAUUCGUGAGCACCUUCACUCUGAAUUUAUUGUCGAAACCAACUUGAUAACCAACGAAGAUAACAACGAUGGUACAGGGAAGGAAAGUAACAAAACGUUGCCUCCUGUUUAUGUGGCUAGACGCCAUGGUCAUUUCCGCCAACUCCGAGAUGAUUUAAAAGCGGCCUAUCCUUACUUGGACAUUCCUGCGGUCCCUGGGAAGGCGCGUGAUCCAUCUUAUGCUAAUAAUAACAAGACUUCAGCCGGCAAUGCCAACACCAAACGUUUGCACCGAGAAAAGGACCGUAUCUUGUUAAGAUCUUUUCUUCGUCGCUUGUCUGCCGAUCCGGUGAUCGCUAAGAGUGAAAUCCUCCGUGAUUUCUUGUUGAAUAAUGCUAUUGAAUUAACUGAAGAAGAAAAGCAAGAUGCCGCAGAACGUCAGAAGAUGGAUCAAAGUAGAGUAGACGAAGAGAAACGAUUCCGUGAUGAGGUCGACAAAAAGAUUGUUGAGUUGGAUGGGUUACUGAAUAUGCUCAAGCAAAAGAUCAUGAAGCCUAAUGGUUUGGUUGAGGUAUUUGAUAUAAUCAAAAAGACUGAGACCAUAGAAGAGUUACCUGAUGAAUUACGUAAAGCUAUUGAGUGGGGCAGAAUUAACCUCGCUUUUGUACUACAUACACAAUUUGUUACGUCUGAUAGCUCCGUGGAUAAUGUUGCCAAUCUGAAGCGUACACAUUCCUUAAUGCCUUACCGUCCUAUUGCCCAGAUUCUGAAACUUUCCAAUCCAUUUGCUAUGAUUAAGGGUGUUUUGGAUCUCUUUCUGGCACAGCCAUUAGGUCGUAAAAGUCUUUUUCAAAGGAUUGUUUUGACGAAUAUGGGCGAAGAGUCAAAAGAAAUCGCAAAGGAUAUUCAGGAACUUGAAACCAAGAUUAAUGACCCUGUUUUGUGCCAUAAGAUUGCCAAUGCUGUUAAGACUGAACUACCUGCCGAUGAAGUAGAAAAGAUCACUUUGAAUAAGAAGGCUAAUAAUUCUAUCACUGAAAUCUUGGACUUACUUAAGAAUCCAAACAUCGAACCUAUUUUGAGCCCAGAACAGAUUCUAAAGGUCGCAUUCGCCAAUCAAGCUGACAAAGUGGAGGCGCGUGCUUUAGUGCAGAACUUGUACGACUUAUGGGUUCUUUAUGCUAAGAAGCGGGAACAAGAAGGCCUCAUGUCUCUUGUUUUCCAAGGCGUUACCUGCGAAGUUAUCAAAGACUUAUUUGCUACCUUUUAUGAACCUUUAGCUCAGGUCUAUAAGUCUGCUAAUAUUGGCGACACCGUUGGUCAUGUUGCCAGCUUUAUUGCUGAUCUGAUUGAAGUCAUCGAUCAGCUGGAUGUUACUGAUGUCAGCAACAGCGCUCAGCCGUUCGUAGACUUAGUUCAACGCCAUGAGAAAUACUUUUACCAAUUUGUUCACAACGUCCACGCGCAAGAUCAGACUAAAUUAUUUGACAAUCUGUUAAGCUACGUCGACGGCAUGUUCCACUUUUACACGCAAGGCUUUGCCGAACGCUUGGAUAUGCAAAAAGUUAUUGAAGAAGCAGGUAUUUCGCCAAAUGAAUACCCUGAGUUAAGAAAGGAAAUUGAUGCUAUGUGCGCUUACCACCGAACUCGUAAGCAACGUCAUAUGGAGCGUAAGCGUCAAAAGCUGAUGAACACGACCGACCUAGCAGUCGAUGCACAAGAUAUGCUGGAUUUCCUACCUAAUAGUGAAGAAGUUUUGGACGCUUUUGAGGAUAUGGAUGAAUUGGAAUACAACAGUGAUGAUGAAAAAUCUGUUGCGACUAAUAGUAGUAAGACUAAACUAGCGGCUCAUGAAAUGACGCUCGCUCUUCCCCAACUUCGUAUCAUUCCCCAAAUCGCUCCCACUUUUGUUAAGCAUGCUACGAAAAUAAUGCAUUAG